CACACGCUAACCUUUUCACUUUGAAUUUCAGUAUCCCGUCUCGCAACAACCUCAUCUCGACCAGCAACACCGUCAAGAUGAAGCUCAAUAUCUCCUUCCCGGCGAACGGCAGCCAAAAGCUGAUCGAGGUCGAAGAUGAGCGAAAGCUGCGUGUCUUCAUGGAGAAGCGAAUGGGCGCAGAGGUUCCUGGCGACUCUGUUGGCGACGAGUUCAAGGGCUACAUCUUCAAGAUCACCGGCGGCAACGACAAGCAAGGUUUCCCUAUGAAGCAAGGUGUCAUGCAUCCCACUCGAGUUCGACUUCUCCUCUCCGAUGGCCACUCCUGCUACCGACCCCGCCGCACCGGUGAGCGCAAGCGCAAAUCCGUCCGUGGCUGCAUCGUCGCAAUGGACCUCUCCGUCCUCGCCCUCUCGAUCGUCAAGCAAGGCGACGCCGAUAUCCCCGGCCUCACCGACGUCGUCCACCCCAAGCGUCUUGGUCCCAAGCGCGCAACCAAGAUCCGCAAGUUCUUUGGCCUCACCAAGGAAGACGAUGUCCGCAAGUUUGUCAUCCGUCGUGAAGUCCAGCCAAAGGGUGAGGGCAAGAAGCCGUACACCAAGGCUCCCAAGAUUCAGCGAUUGGUUACCCCGCAACGUCUUCAACACAAGCGCCAUCGCGUUGCGUUGAAGCGCCGUAACGCUGAGCGAACCAAGGAUGCUGCUAACGAAUAUGCCGCCAUCCUCACCAAGCGUGUCACCGAAGCAAAGUCCGCCCGUGCUGAUCUCCGCAAGAGACGAGCAUCUUCCAUGCGCAAGUGAUCUAACUCUUAUUUUCGAUCGCAUCACAAAAUACAAUACCAAGGCUUUUCAUUCUCAAUUCAUCGAGAGGAUAGAUCUUGUGGAACUUUCUUGCUGUGACUGGACACUUCUGUAUCUAGGGAGGCUUGAGACCCAUGAAUUCUUUUCCCGCAUGGUAGCGAGAAUGGCUUUGAUGAUUCAGUAUUGAAGUGUGAGAGGAGCGUAAAAUGGCACUACAACUGCAUAUUAGCAUGUAGCUAGGCGUUAUUGAGAUGCUUAUUUGACCACAGUUGAUUUUGCUCAUGCUUGUGACUGAAAAUAUUUCCAUGA